AUGCCAACUAUUGCCUUUAAUUUCUUAGGAACCCUCUUCUCUUUUGACAGAGUGAUUGACCAACUUGAAGCGACAUUUCCUGAAGAUCUACCAUCUCAGAAACAAGCAAGAAUAUUCUAUUAUGCAUGGCUGUGGGCCGGGAUACGCGAUUACUUUGGCACAUCUCAUGCAGGCCGCUAUAAUUCCUUGUUGUCGAUAUUGCGAGCUACUUUAACACGAGCUAGAUUAGUGCAGGACAUGGAGGCUCCAACUAAUGAAGAGAUUGAUCAAAUCAUGGCAGCUUUCGAUGAUCUUCUACCAAUGGCCACAGCUCUUGAAUGUUUUGAGCUCUUGCGAGAAAAUAACUGGGAUAUUUGGAUUCUCACGAAUGGGUCUUAUUCUAGUACAGAGACGUUGUUAAAGAAACAUGGUCUAGAUACAUUUGUUGGUGAUAAUAUUCUGAGCUGUGAUGAUCUAAAAAUUUCAAAACCUCAUCCAAAGGUAUACUCUGAAUUCAUGCGAUCCGCAGUUCAUAAGACAAAGCGAAUUGAGAACUUUUAUUUAAUUGCAGCGCAUGCUUGGGAUCUUGCAGGAGCUAAGAACGUGUCUGUACGGACAGUUUAUCUAACAACAGAAGAGAAGGUUUAUAGUGCAGAUGCCUAUGAUGUCGGAUUCUUUGAUUAA